AUGCCGCAAACGCUGCCACUCCUUCGUGGCAAAGAGCUCACGUACUCAGCUGCUAGGGAGGAAGAAGUCAACAUUGUUCAUCAGUUAGGCUACCAUGCAAAACAAAUCCGAUUCUUCGCCUAUCUUCGCGACCGGCGGGACUGGAUGAGGGCCAUUGUUAGCCAUCAUCUUUGUCUUCCAUCUGUCGCAUGCCAAGUAGCCACAGAAGAAAAUUGGCUCCAUGGCAGCUACAACGUCUGUGUCCCAGUUACCAUUAGUUGUUGGAACAAAAAACGCGUUCUUAUCCGUUUCCCUCUACCAUACCGCAUUGGUGAAGCUUUCAGACCUGGCAAUGGGGACGAGAAGAUUCGCUGCGAAGCAGGGACCUACGCUUGGCUCCAAGAGAACUGUCCAGAUGUACCAAUUCCAAAGUUGUAUGGCUUUGCCCUGUCUACUGGUGAAACUUUUAGCAGACUUGAAAACUUCCCAAUUGUCCCUCGAUAUCUUCAGAUUUUCCGCCGACAUGCCUUAUCCCUGCUAGGUUAUCCAAUUCCUUCGAACUAUGUUCGCCAUCCUGUUCCGAAUCACAUUACCCUUGACGGUAUUGGUAGUACUGGCUAUCUUUUGAUCGAGUUUAUCGAAGAGGCACAAGGGACAAUGCUUUCUGAUACAUGGACUGAUGGAAAAGACGAUGUCAAAUUACGGGGAAAUCUCUUCCGUAGUCUUUCUCGGAUUCUUUUAAGCAUGAGUCGAAUAUCUUUGCCUAGAAUCGGCUCCUUCGCCAUUGAUAACAGUGGAUUCUUACAUUUAGCGAAUCGACCUUUGUCAAUCGAGAUCCAGGAGCUGGAGAAUGAAAAUAUUCCAACAGAUAUACCUCGAGACUACACCUAUUCCACUGCUGACUCCUAUAUUAUAGAUUUGCUUUCAAUUCACGACAGCCGCCUCAAACAUCAACCUAAUGCUCUGAAAGACCUCGGAGAUUUUGCCUACCAGUUAUCUGCUUUGAGCGCAAUGCGAACUGUGUUUACAUCAUUUUUCCAUCGAGAUUUUCGUCGUGGCCCAUUUAGUUUCACUUUGACGGACCUGCAUCAGAGCAAUAUAUUUGUGGACGCCCAGUGGAAUAUAACUUGCCUGGUUGAUUUGGAAUGGGCAUGCUCUAGGCCGAUCGAGAUGCUUAGGCCCCCCUACUGGCUUACGAAUAAGGGUGUGGACCAGCUUGUUUGGGCAGAGUACAAUUCUAUUCGAAUGGAAUUCAUGGAAAUCCUCGCAGGCGAAGAAACAAAAAUCAGAGCCAGCACAAGACCGGUGGAUAGUAGAAACGUCUUACCUUACUCUCUCACAGAAGUGAUGAAUCGAACUUGGGCAACAGGGACUUUCUGGUAUACGCUUGCUCUAUCUAGUCCUUCUGGACUAUUCAGCAUUUUUCACAAACAAAUCAGGCCUCUGUUUUGUCCAGAAAUAUAUGGCCAGGAAUUCAAUUUGAUUAUGCCCUUUUUCUGGGAAAAGGAUAUAGGAAAUAUUGUCCGUCUCAAGACUUCUCACAAAAAGAAAUACGACGAGGAUCUUCGACGAGCCUUUGAGGAUAGCUAAUAUACCAUCAAACAGUCGUUACUGAGAUGUUCCCUGUGAACCCUCUCGGUUUUGGUUCCCGUCACCUUGAAACUCAGUUCUCGCGGCCGCUUCCAGAGCGGCCAUGGCUCGUUCAACUUGGUUUGCAACCCUUUUGUCCUUUGCAGCUUGGCCUGAAGAGCUAAGGUUUUUAAGAGUUUUGACGUCCGCUUUCACUCCAACAAUUGCCUCUUUCCCCUCGUUUUGUUCAGACGGAGACUUAUCGGACAUCUUUGUUGAAAUGUGUCUGCAGAAAGUAGUUAAUUAGAGCCGAACAAUGG